UUAUUCUAAUUUCCAAAAAUUAUGGAAUCCCUUCCCUCCAGUUCAUCUAACCAUCACAACCACCAUCAACAUCGUCAUCGUCGUUUAAUGCCAACUCAACCCCUCGCGGAUCGAAUAUUUCGAGCACUGAGCCACCACCUCCUCCUCCUCCACCGUCGCGACACGACUUUUUACGUGUUAGGUGCCACGUGUAAUGUUUACACUGUGACUAUCUCCACCACCCCUUCAUGCAGUUGCCCUGAUCGUACCACCCCAUGCAAACACAUAUUAUUUGUGCUCAUUAGGGUAUUGGGCGUAUCGAUUGAUGACACGUGUCUCUAUCGAUGGCGUCUACGGCCACGUCAUCUUCAACGUCUUCUUAAUUUACCAAUUUCAACAGAAGCAUUAGCUACUUCAGAAGUACGUGAAAUGUUUCAUCAAUUGUUUUCUCAACAACCGAAGAGGAGUUCACCAGUAAUAAUAAAGGUCGAAAACGGGACGACGUGUCCGGUAUGUUUGGAAGAGAUGAAUGAAGAAGAAAAAAUAGCAGCUUGUGUUACAUGUAGAAACCCUAUUCAUGAAGAAUGUUUGAUGGAAUGGAAGAGAAGUAAUAAUAGAAGAAAAUCAAUUAGUUGUGUGCUUUGUCGUGCAAGAUGGAGAGAUGUGAGAAAUGAAUUAGAGGGAGAUAAGUAUUUAAAUUUAUCGUCAUAUAUUAUUAGUAAUGUCGAAAAUGAUAUGAGUGAAAAUCAUCAGAAUCGUUGUAGAGAUUAAUAUAUAUAGGGGUUCAAAAGUUCGAAGAAGGAUCGAUAUAAUAAAAAAUGAUUGUAAA